CAUACAUCAGAUUUUUAUCGUUAAUAGUUUUUUAGAGCAUCAUGUUCAAACACUGUCUCAGAUAUCAAUGCAGCAUUUUAUAACCGAACCAAUGAAAGAGUGAGCUGUGAGUAGGAGAACGCUGUGAACCAGAAGCUCCGCCCUCUGGGAGUCAUUCCGAAUAACAGUUAGUAGUUGAGCCCCGGUAACCAAACCGAACGCUCCUCCUGCCGCUUCAUCUAAAUUUUCGCUGGAUUCUCUCGCUUCUUUGUUCUUUUUGUCUGGUCCAAACCGUUCGACACGGCUCACUGUGGAGAGAGCGAAAGAAGAGCGCUUACCUCGAAAAGUUUGCUUUGACGAGAAAGAGCGGGUCCAGCACUACUGCGGAUUGACGGGGAGGUCUUUAACUUAAAGCAGCUCCAAACAAACCUAGAAAACUAGUGAGGUCUUUGCAAAGGACGCAGUGGAUGAACAGCUCCUCUGUCACAUUUCAAAGUUUGUUAGACAGCAGCAGACUGUAAAAGUAUUCAGCAUUACAUAAAAGACGCAAAAAGGCAUGAAUCCUUAAUGAGAACUCCGGGGAGUGAGCAGACUCUCCAGACUUGCACUGCGCAAUAAAGUGGGACUGAGUUCCAAGCAGAAAGCUGGAGACCAAGACGUAUAUGGACUGAUUGGCUGUGUGCACGCUGCCCUGGUGUGAUGCUCAUUUGGUUCUGUUUGAGUGAAAAUGAAACUUUGGGACAGUUUGUCCCACUGGACCCGAAUUUGGGACAGUUUAACGGCUUUUGCGGUCAAGCUUUAGCCGUGGACAUUUUUUUUCUUCCUCAAACAAGAGUGCGCUCAGAGCUCAAAGAAGAGACGCGGAUGUUCGCUGGGGCGCAGCGUGCAGCGCCGCUGCACAUGGAGCGCUCGGGGCGGCCGCCGCUGAUGUUGCUCGGUCUGCUACUCCAAAUCUGUUCCGCCGUUACCAUUGAUCGCAUCAACUCCGACCGGUACGCGGUCUACUGGAACAGCUCCAACCCUAGGUUUUUUCAGGGUGAUUACACAGUGGAGGUGGCAAUCAAUGACUACCUGGAUAUCUACUGUCCUCACUACGAGGCGGCGGAGUCAGCCGUGCACAUGGAGCAUUAUGUGUUGUACAUGGUGAACUAUGACGGAUACAUGUCCUGCGACCACCACAGAAAAGGUUUCAAACGCUGGGAAUGUAACAGACCACAGAGCCCCAAUGGGCCACUCAAGUUCUCUGAGAAGUUUCAGCUCUUUACACCCUUUAGCCUGGGCUUCGAGUUCAGGCCAGGACACGAGUACUACUAUAUCUCAUCACCGCAUCCAAACUUGGGUAGGAAGCCUUGUCUGAAGCUAAAAAUCUACGUCAAGCCAACAAAUGAUUCGGUGUACGACUCUGCGGAGCCCUUCCUAACUGAUGAUACCACCGGCGGCUGCAGCCUUGCUUUGCCGUCUGCCAUGUUGCUCACCCUCCUUCUCAUACUCCUCAUCUCCUACUCAUAGCAGCUUUCCGAGUCAGACCAAGCACCGCCCCACCACCACUACCACUCUGAAGAGAACUUGAUGAAGGAAACUAAUCUAGCUUCCUCUUACUGAACUUUGACCUUUACCUCAAUAAUACUCAAAGGCUCCAACAAUCAGAGGAGGCAAAAACAGUGGUGGGGGGAGCUUGAGGCUGCAUAUCAACUCUGUGUGGAAUUUCUGGGAUCAUCCCUGCUCUUCUUUUAAUGUUUCUGUCAAGCUGUCAUAUAAAAUUGUGUUACAGAUCCACAAGUCAAGACUUUAAAGGAUCUCGUGUUAACAUUACCAGGUUCCAUCUCUGAAUAUUGGUGCAUAAUGCUUUAUUUUUAAAACUGUGAAGAUGAUUUAUUGUAUUUACAUCCAACAGCCGCUUCCUGAGUUCUAGACAUUGAGAUUUAUAUCCUGCUUAAGACACUAGAGAUCGUGUCCUGGUGCAUGGUCAAUAGUCCAAGUAAAUAUAAGGUCAUAAUGACCAAAACUAGCAAUAUUGCCUUACAAUGAGCCAUGACCUCAGUUUCACAAUCAACCAUUGAUCAAUGGCAUAAGUAUCAAUCACAGCUAGCUAGGAAAAGGCUGCAAAGAGAGCAAUGCAAGAUGGUGAAAGAUGUAUUCUUAGGCCUCUUCCUCAGUUGAGCAAUGGUCGCUCACUUUUCACUUUUCAGUCUCCUUGACUACCUGCUCAAGUCUUCCUCUUUGUCCAGGAUGUGCUCAUCCUAGUCUGUCUAGUUUAAUGAAACUGUGCACCUACCCUUGUUGCCACAAUGGUGUUGCUGUCUUUACGGAAUAACACGUGUCUUCCUCUUCUUCAUGCUUGUAUUGGAUGUUGGGGGCUUUGCAUUUCUGAGGCAAGCUGCAACUUUCAUCUGAAGUUGCUCCACAUUUGCCAACCACAAAAAUUGUUUCACAAUGCAUAUUUUAUCCCUGUUAUUAGUUUCACUAGCUGGAUUUGUCUUGCCAUGAAAGCUCAACUCUUUCUUAAGAAUGGCUUUCUCUGCUUGAGAGAGUUGUCUGUCAGACACAUUCUUCACCCACUAGUCAAAAUGCUUGGUGUGAAUUUAGCAUACAUCUGUCCGUUUCCGCCACGCAGCAAGUAGCUCAGACUUCUGCUGUCUCAUCUGUGACUAUUCAUGCUGUUCUCAUCUAGAAGCUAUCGGUUCCUGGGUUUUGCCUAUUGUGCCUAACUUUUAUAUGAAUGAAAUGGAGAAAAGCUCUGAUAUCCUAUCCUGGAACACCACUGAGCCUUUGGUCCAGAUAUAAAUGACAAUCUGGUGGACAAACACAUCAAGUUCAUCGGUCUAGAUAUAAAAAUAUUACAGGCAAUCAUUGUCAGGCUGUGAAAUUACUAAUUCAUACCCAUGCAAACUGCAUACUGUUUGACUUUGUUUAUCCGCAUGAUCGCAAUGUGGGUGUCAUCAGGACAAUACAACAGAGCAAACAUUUUCCCCAUACACACCGUGGCCAGGGAAGCUGAAGAACAUCAUAACAAAGAGACCCUGCGUAGAUUUGUUUUUUGUGAUUUGGUGCUAUGGAAUAAAAUAUAACUGAAUUGAAUUAAAUGUGGUUGUCCCAGUGGAGCAUUUGUCAAAGCCGGCAACAUGCUGACCAAACAAAAACCACUGAUGAACUGCUGUUUGUUAGGAUUGGACAGCUUUUCUUUUUCUUCUUCUUUCUUUCUUUCUUUCUUUCUUUUUUUUAAGAAUGACCACUGUGAAAUCAAACUCUAAAACAUAAUACACCAAAAAUGAAACGACCAUUGCUGAACCAAGGAGGGGGCAUAAGAGUCUGUUAGAUGUCUUUCACCAUCUUAAAAUGCUGUGAUUGCAGCCAUUUCCCAGUACUCAUCUGCUUUGAUCAGUGGUAAUGGCAGUUUGCAUAUUAAUGGUGGUACUUGUUUUUGUCAUGUAACUGCACUGUUUAAAGGUUGGGGAAGCCUACAGUUAGCUCAGACUGGAGAAGUCACUUGUGUUGCAAGGUUUCUUCCACUGAAAAUCAUGUGUAAAGAUCAAAAGAAUAAAGUUCCUGGCACUAAAUAUCUUAAUAUCUUGCUGUGCAAGUGGUUUCAAGCUAAAGUUGAUAAUUGAAGGAUUUUAGACAAGACACUGGAUAAAAAUCCCAGCAAUAUAGGUAACUUUCUUUUGCGAUAGCUGCGAAACAAUGUGACAAUUAUUUAAAUGAAUACUUUCAUCUGUAAUUAAACUCAUGGUAUUUAGGGAUUAUACAGGUUACAGACAGGUACCUUAUUUUCCCAGUAAACUCCCAAAAACCAGGCUAUUAACUUUGUUGUAAAUUAUUAUUGUAUUUACAACAAUGACCCACACAAUUACUAACUGCAAACUGUAAAAUAAAUUGUUUAAGUGUUGAUAACUACACUAUGAAGUAUUGGCUUGUUAUAUUUAAUGCAAUUACAUUUUAUUUGUUGGGACAGAACACAAUUUUACUUUCCCUGCGAGCAGCACUAUGUGACAGCAGGGAAGACAGAAUCCCUUUAAAGCAGAAGAGCAAUCUUCCAAAAGCUAGAUAUAAGGAGGCGCAGCUUUCUGCCAUAACUUUACGUAACUGUAACUUAGUUUUAUCUUUCAAAAAAAGUGGACAUUUAUUAGGAAAACUUACUGUGAAGUAACGUUAGAUAGGGACUCAUUUUCAGGAAAGUAUAUGAGCAAAAUAACAGUUACCUUAAAAUCGACCAAAAUGUUAUUGUAUUUUUUUUUCUACUGUUCUAGGCAGCUGUUGGUUUCUGCACUUGUUGGUAACAAAAUUAAACAUAUUAUGUAUCAGAUUUACACAUUUUAAUUUCUUUGUUAAAAUGUACAACUGCAGGUACAGUUUGGAACAUUUUCAAAAUAAAAUGCUCAAGAAAUUACUAGACUAGUGGUACAUAUCUAAAAUUAGAAACGUCCUUUCUCAGAGUGAUGCUGAAAGUCACAUUUAUUGCUUCUGUGCUGGACUACUGUAAUUCGUUAUUAUCAGCAUUUCCUAAAAACUCGCUGAAGAGCUUUCAGUUGAUCCAAAAUGCUACAGCAAGAGUACUGACAGGGACUAGAAAGAGGGGAUAUUUCGCCCAUACUGGCUGCUCUUCAUUGGCUCCCUGUUAAAUCCAGAAUCAAAUUUAAAAUUCUUCUCAUCACAUACAAGGUUUUGUAUAAUUAGGCCCCAUCUUAUUUUAAAGAUCUUUACAGGACUGUAUCACCCCAGCAGAGCACUUCACUCUCAGACUGUGGGCUUAUUUCCCAGGUGCUUGCUCAUAGGCGGUUGACUGAUUGUUGGGUUUAUUCUGGGGUUGGUUAUUGUUAUUCUAGGGUCUUUACCUUACAAUAUAUUACAACAAAUUUAUUAGACAUAUAUACACUACCAGUCAAAAGAUUGGACGCACCUGGUCAAUUAAUGUUUUUUCUUUAUUUUUGCAAAUACAUACUGAAGACAUCUAUUAUAUGAGUCAAGAUAUAUGGAAUUAUGCAGCAACAGAAAAAGGAUAAAUAACUUUAUGUUUUAGAAUUCUGAAAGUAGCUACCAUUUGCUUUGUUGACAGAGCUGCAAUGACCUGAAAUGGUUGAAAUUAAAUGGACCAUCAGUUGUGUUGUGCAGAAGUCAGGUUGGCACAGAGCUGACAGCCCUAUUUGACAAUUGUUAGAAUUCAUAUUAUGGCAAGGACCAAUCAAAUAAGUAAAGAGAAACAACAGUUCACCAUUACUUUAAGAACUGACGGUCCGUCAGUCCGGAAAAUUUUGUAAACUUUGAAUGUGUUCCAAAGUGCAGUCACAAAAACCAUCAAGCACUAUGAUGAAACUGGCUCACAUGAGGACCGCCUCAGGAAAGGAGGACCAAGAGUCACCUCUGCUGCUGAAGAUAAAUUCAUCUGAGUCACCAGCUUCAAAAAUCACAAGUUAACAGCACCUCAGAUUAGCGCCCAGAUAAAUGCCACACAGAGUUCCAGUACCAGACACAUCUCUACAUCAACUGUUCAGAGGAGACUGUGUGAAUCAGGCCUUUAUGGUCAAAUAGCUGCUAAGAAACCACUACUAAGGAAAAGCACCAAACAAAAGAGAUUUGUUUGGGCCAACACAAGGAAUGGACAUUAGACCAGUGGAAAUCUGUGCUUUGGUCUGAUGAGCCCGAAUUUGAGAUGUUUGGUUCCACCCUGGGUGUCUUUGUGCGAUGCAGAAAAGGCAAACAGAUGGUCUCUACAUGCAUGGUUCCCACCGUGAAGCAUGGAGGAGGAGGUGUGGUGGUGUGGGAGUGCUUUGCUGGUUGAGGAUUUAUUCAAAAUUGAAGGAACACUGAACCAGUAUGGCUACCAUAGCAUCCUCCAGUGACAUACCAUCCCAUCCGGUUUUCGUUUAGUGGGACCAUCAUUUAUUUUUCAACAGGACAAUGACCCCAAACAGACCUCCAGGUUGUGUAAGGCCUAUCUGACCAAGAAGGAGCAUGAUGUAGUGCUGCGCCAGAUGGCCUGGCCUCCGCAGUCACCUGACCUAAACGCAGUUGAGAUGGUUUGUGAUGAGAUGGACCACAGAGUGAAGGCAAAGGGGCCAACAAGUGCUCAGCAUCUCUGUGAACUCCUUCAAGACUGUUGGAAAACCAUUUCGGGUGACUACCUCAUGAAGCUCAUGAAGAGUGGCUAUUUUUAAGAAUCUAAAAUAUAAAACAUGUUUUGAGUUAUUUCACACUUAUUUUUUACUACAUAAUUUCAUAUGUGUUCACUGAUAGUUUUGAUGCCUUCAAUGAGAAUCUACAAAGUAAAUAAACAUGAUAAUAAAGAAAAAACAUUAAAUGUGAAGAUGUGUCUGUACUUUUGACUGGUAGUUUAUUUACAUACAUACUUGUAUAUAGUCCCAUAGUUUUCAGUGAAUGUAAACUGACAUGCACUGUGAACUAAUAGACUAACCAGGCUAAGCCAUGAAGUCUAAGGAGUUGUCUGUAGAUCUCCGAGACAGGAUUGUAUUGACAAACAGAUCAGGGAAGGAUACAGAAAAACUUCUGCAGCAUUGAAGGUCACCAGGACUCUUCCCAGAGCUGGCUGCUCAGCCAAUUUGAACGGUAUUAUUACCAAAAGGCACUAUCCAGGUGACUCUCAGAGCAUGAGAAACAAAAUUCUCUGCUCUGAUGAAACGAAGAUUGAAAUCUUUGGCUUGAAUGCAAAGUGUCAUGUCUUACGUAAACCUGGAACUGCUCAUCACCUGGCCAAUAUAAUUACUACAGUGAAGCAUGGUGGUGGCAGCAUCAUGCUGUCAGGAUGUUUUUUGCCAGCAGGAGUCAGGGUGGAAAACUGUAAGACCAAGUUUAGGGUUAAGGGAAAUAUUAAUACAGUAAUCUACAUAGAAAUCCUUGAUGAUAACCUGCUUUAGAGCACUUUGAACCUAAAGGGUCAAGACUCUAAGCACACAGCCCAGAUAACAAAGGAGUGGGAGUGGCUUUGGGAACAAUUUGUGUCCUGAACCAGAGGCUAGACUCGAAGCCAACUGAAUGGUUGUUCACCAGUUCUCCACAUCCAACCUGAUGAAGCUUGAAAGGUUCAGCAAAGAAAAAUGGGAGAAAUUGUAAGUAGGUAUGUCAAGAUUGGAGCAUCAUACUAAAAAAAACAAAACAAAACAAAAACCUGAGGCUGUAAUUGCUGCCCAAAGUGAUCCAACAAAGUAUUUACCAAAUACUUAUGUACGUUAUAUUUUUUUUUUUCUUGUCUUGUAUAACUUAUAUAUCUUGCAUUAUGUUGCACGAGAUAUUGUACAAGUAGAUGAUUAUCCCACAAAAGCCUUUAAACGAUUUUUUUCAGCAAGAAAGUUUGAAUAGUGAGAUCAAUGGGACCUAAGGAAUUAUAUCUUGUUAGAAUACUUGUGUUGUUUUUAGUACAGCAUCUUAGCCGACAUAUCAUACACACACACACACACUUACACAGACAAAUGUUGACAUACACUGUUAGGAUUUUGUUAGGGUUAGGUUUAGACCUUUGUCUGUACAGUUUCUGAUUCUUAUAAUCAGAAGAAGCGGUGGUAUAAUCAGGUCACUUGAAUGUAUGUUUGAUUUAGCAUGACCUUUGUCUAUGGCUGAAAAUGCUGGAAGCAAGCAGACAACAUGAGGUAAGACUUUAUUAAAAGUUUACAAAGCUCCCAUGUAUGAAAACAGAGGCCAAUGUGGAAGUGCCUUGAACCGUCAUUCUUUUUCAUGGCUAGCAGGGUGUAACGCCAUUAACCGAAAGAAAUGAGAUUUGUAUACAGCCUCAAUAAAUAUUUUCCCAAUUAGGUUAUUAGUCAAUCACUACCUUUAAGUUGCCUUCAGUACAGCAUUAUGUUUGUCAAAUAGAAAAGCAUGUCAAAAGAAAAAGCAUGAUAUACUUUGUCACUACCAGUGACAACAGGAUGUCAUUUAGAACUAUUGUGUGCCCUUCAGCUCAUUCAAAUUGAUAACUUUGGUUUCACAAAACAAGAUGACAGUUACUUAAACCAACACUUGACUUGACAAUAUAUAUGUGUACUCCUUUUAUAUACUCUAUGAAGUUUCAUAAACUCACAGAACAAGCUAACAUUGUGUCACAGGUAAAGUAAUUUAAAGUAACUUCACUAACUGACAAAUCAAACUAAUACCUGCAUCUACAAGACAAUAUACCUUCACAAGCGUGAAAUUGUGUUAACUAUUGUAUUUAAUAGUAAGUAGUUACUUUUGUAAAAGUGUUAACAAGAUAAUUAGUUCAGAAAUUCAUAAUUAGUUCAGAAAUUCAUACUUUUUCAAUAAUGUAAUAAAAGUUCUCUGUAAUCACGCUCUCAGUUAUAAACCCCAAAAACUUGAUUUUGUUCAUCUGGAUGUGACGUUUUCAGAGGGAGAAAUGUUUCGUCAGUCAUGGUCUCACGGCCAAUGAUGAAUGGUCUUUGAUCAUAUUAAUUAUCAAAAGCUGACCUCACAGUCCAUUCUUCACCAGUGGUGUUAGUUUUAGUCAUUAUGCAAAUGGACUGUUUAGGUUGGGGAAACCUGCAGUCAGCUGAGACUGAAGAAGUCACUUGGAUGAGUGACGAAAAAUUUCUCUCUCUCACUGAAAACAUCCAGAUGAACAGAAUCAACUUUUUUGGAUUUCUUUACCUGGAUGAUUGAGCAUGCAUCAAGAUAUCAGUUAUAUAGAAAAGAGUAAAGUGGAAUAAAGUGGCUGAUUUCUGUCUCACAUUAUCAGUGUUAAGAAGAAAAUGAUCUAUAGUUCUAACUUUUCUAGUCAAUGGUCUUUUGUUUCUGCCAAAGACUCUUGUUAAAUAUGUCCAAUGGAUAAAUCUUUGGUGUCAGGGUCAGUUAAAGGGGAGGAGUGUGUUUUAUUAUUUUCUGAACUGUGAUGUUUUGUUGUUUAAAAAAUGUCCUGUGCAAAACACAAAUGAAGAAAUAGAAAAAUGGCCUUUUACCUCACUGGUGCUGGAUUUUUCAUGACUGAUAAACAGUGACACAGUGUGGUUUUAGAUGUAGCCUCUCUUUUGUUCUUCCCAUCUCUCCAUACCACCCCCUUUUUUUGCUGAUGGCUGGACAGUGUGUCCUUGGAAGUAAAUAAGCAGGGACUUGUUGAGAAAUGCAGUAUAUCCAAUGAACACACUGAGAUAGAUUCUGAUGACGACAAAUCACUUGUACUCCAAUGAAGAACUAACAAAACAAGGAUGUAGACGCUAAUGUCUGUAUCAACAACACGUUGUUUUUUAAAUUUGUAUUUUAUUUUUUUUCCAUCUUUGUGUUUAUGAAUUUAUUGGUAGAACUGAGAAGUGAUCAGUCUGAUGUUUGUAACUGUUUGUUGUUGUUGUUGUUGUUUUUACAUGCAUUGCAAUGGUCUCUUGUCCUGUGUAUUGGUAAGUAAUAGAUUUGAUUUCUUUGUUGAGUUCAGUAAGUAUGUAGCAUAAGACAAUGUGAUGGAGGGGAGGAAAGAAAUUUAGAGGAAAAUAGUUCUGAUUGUGGUUUUUGUGAGUGGGAGUGAGAGUGGGCUCGCUCUGUCGUCUGGUUUACAGCGUCUGAGAAAAAGAUGUUUUUCUACACUCGAGUGUCUGAAUAUUUUAUUCCUUUUAAGAAAAAGUAAUAAGAAAAGUUCUUGUAUAUUUUCAUAUUGAAUGCAAAUGAAAUCCUGUUGUAAAACAGGCAUUUAUCUGAUUAGAUAAAGAGCUAUUGAAAAGUUAGAUGUCAUCAGGACUUGUGCUAGCACUGCAGGAAGAAUAAAACUUCAAAAUGCAUUUAUUUAAUUUAAGUAAUCUCAGAGAGAAAAUGUUAAGGCCUGUGUGAAUCUUUGAUAAACUUACCACACAUAAAAUUAAAAUAAAAUCCACUAAAGGUGCAUCUUCCUUCAUUGUUGCAUUUGACCAAUUUUUGACAAGUUCCACUGGCAUACAGGAGUCUGUGUGCUGUCACGUAUCACACACCCUGUAUAAAUGUGUAAUUAAAGGGAACCCCCCUCAGAUAUUCACUGUUCUUCCUCCAGACAAAUUAUUUACUGUUAUUUCUGUACAUAUGAUAGUGAACUUAUCUCUAUUUACAAAUAAA